AUGGCUCCUAGAGUUUGGUUGGAAAGAAAGCCAGGAAGCAUAACUGUCCAAAACUUCAUCAACAACAACAACUGGAACAUGAAUUCUCUGGAGAGAGUACUACCUAAUGACUUGAUUCAGGGUGUCAUGGAUACAGAGAUUGGAGAGAGACAACUUCCAAACAAGAGCAUAUGGACUCCUACUACAAAUGGAAACUUCACAUGCUCCUCAGCUUGGCAGAUCGUCAGACAAAAACAGGAAGUAGAUCCUUUAGCCAAAAUGAUCUGGGCUAAAGGAACCCCUCUUAAAAUAUCCUUCUUUAUGUGGAGAUUGCUUCGCAAAAAACUACCUUUAGAUGACAGAAUUCUAAGUCUAGGAAUUCAGACUGACUCUAAUUGUAAUUGCUGCAGGGAACAAAUUCCAGAAAAAGUGGAUCAUGUGUUUGCUACUAGUCCAUUUGCUGUGAGAAUUUGGAAACAGAUGGCAACACCUCCAGGCAUUUCACAUCAAGGAAACUCAGUUCAAAGGGCUUCUAUUUCUAAAAGAUUCAGCAAAGUGAAUUACAACUGGAACUGGGCAACAACUUGUCAAAGAGCUGAAAGCUACAAGGAAAAGCUCACCAGCAUGAUGUUUUAUUGGGACAAACCAGCAGGUCAUUCAUGGAAGCUGAAUACUGAUGGCAGUUCUAUGCAAAGAAGUAGAGCAUCUGGUAUGGGGGAAUUGUUAGGAAGGGAAAUGGAAGAAUGGUUAUGGCCUUUGCUAAACACAUCCAAUGCUCCACUAACAAUUCCUGUGCUGCAAUGCAUGGACUCAUCUGGUAUAAUGAACAGAAACAACAGCCUCAGUUAA